AUGGGGGCGCUAGCGCGACGUCGUCCCAGACCCCGACGUCGUCGCUCUUCUCCUCGACCUUCUCCACCACCCCCACCACCUCCUCUUCGGCCGCGGGCUCGGACAGCACAGGGGGGAUCGACACCGGCCCCAGCCUCGCUAGCUCCGCAUCCCUCUACCUGUACACCUUCCUCGCCACACUCAUCCUGCUUCUCGGCGUGUCCGCUGCCAUCGUCAUUCGCUCUCUCAUCCUCCGGCGGCGGCACCGUGCCCUCGUGGAGGAGGCCAUCCGCAACGGCACCUGGAUCCCACCAGCUACGCGCCCGCGCGUCGACCUCUCCAAGAAGCCCAAGCUCCACGAAGCCUUCCUCGAUGCCCACAGUACACAUACACAAGACGCGGAGUGGCUUUCGUGGGACGGUAUCUUCCCGUUCUCUGCUACGUACAUCAAUCCAUCGUAUCCCACCCCGCCAGCGCCCAUCAACGUGCCCGCUGAGGUGCCCCCACCCCCGCCAGCACGGCGGAGAUGGUGGUGGCCGUUCUCCCGAGCACGUUCAUCCGACUCUUCGACGGACGGGCAGACAGAGCUUGCUGAGCGGCCCUCCUCACACUCGUCUGAGCCGACACGCGUGCGUGUCGGCGUCAUCAUCGCCAUGCCUGCGCCGCACGCGCCGAAACAGGCGAGGGAUGAUGAGGAGCCGCUACCGCCGCUCGAGCUGGGCAUCUCUGAUGUGUACCUGCGCGGUGGGCCCCUACCGCGCGACGAGGACGGUGGCAACAAACCUGGGCGCACGUCGGCAUCUACCCUCGAACACUAAUGGACGAGGGGGCGCUGAUGUACGCCUCUAA